CGCUCUCUCUCUGUCUCUCUGUCUCUCUCUCUCUCUCACACACACACACACACACACACACACACACACACACAGCAGGGUGUUCCAGCAAGAGGAAGCAUCUUCCCGGUGUUUUUGAUCUCCUCUGUCCGGGGGCUGUUACACCUUUACAUGAGGAUGCCCCGGAUUUGCGCGCGCUUCACCUGAUCAUCAGGAAAUGCCCUGGGCGACCCCACUGCCUCAGCGUUAACCUCCUGACCCCAGUCUGAGAAGGUCGCCGUAACAGUAACGUGUUUAAACAGUGUUCGGAUGCUGCUGGAGGUCAGGAGGAAGCAGCAGACACGAACACCGUCCAUGCUGUCUUCUCCCCGUGUCCUGAUGUCCAACAGUACGAGUGCCAUGACAGGAUAACGGAGGCGUGGUCAGGGGUGGGAGUAGCUCUAGAGGGGUGUGGUCACUGGGAGAGUGGGCGGAGCUCCUAAAGGCACAGUCUGAAAGCCGUAGAUGAUGACCAGCCUGUUCCGGCGCAGCGCCAGCAGUAAUGGCAGUCACGGCUCGAGAGCUCCUAGCAAUGGAGGAUCUGAGCUCAAUAACAGCAAGUCUUCUCGACAGCACGUCCGACGGCUAGAGUUCAACCAGGCCAUGGAUGACUUUAAGACCAUGUUUCCGAGCAUGGACCACGAGGUGAUCGAGUGUGUCCUGAGGGCCAACAAUGGUGCUGUGGACUCCACCAUCGACCAGCUCCUGCAGAUGAGUUUGGACGGACAAGGCACGGACGACAGCUCUGACUCGGAGGACAGCAUUCCCCCAGAGAUCUUAGAAAGGACGUUAGAGCCGGACAGCUCGGAUGAAGAACCCCCACCUGUUUACUCUCCACCCUCCUACGAGAUGCACAUCUAUGACAGGAAGCACCCGGCCGACGUGCCGACGUUCCCUCCUCCCAGGUUUGAUGCCAAUCCUCCGACCGGGCAUCGUCAAGUCGGAAGCUACAGGAACUGGAAUCCUCCGUUACUAGGCAACCUCCCUGAUGACUUCCUGCGGAUCUUGCCCCAGCAGCUCGACAGUCUGCAGCGUUCUCAGAGCAGCCUGUCCCAGCCUUCCUCGUCGUCAUCAUCCUCGUUGUCCUCUCUGACGCAGUACUCGGAGCAGGACAGGAAACUGAAGCAGUACCUGGAGGACGAGCGCAUCGCCCUUUUCCUGCAGAACGAGGAGUUCAUGAGGGAGCUGCAGCGCAACCGUGACUUCCUCAUAGCUCUGGAGAGAGGUGAUCACACUGCAUCAGGCUCUGAGGAAGCCUGUACUUCCAUCUCAGAUGAUGCCUUGUUCCGUGACAAACUCAAGCACAUGGGAAAAUCUACAAGGAAGAAGCUUUUUGAAAUCGCCAAAUCUUUCUCUGAGAAAACCCGUCGGAGGAAGACCAAAAAAAGGGCUCUCCUCAAACAUCACUCACUCGCCGCUGCAGCCUCCACUGCCAACCUUCUGGAGGAUGUAGAGGGACUUCCAGCAGAAGAUGGAGGCAAACUCAGGAGAUCCAGCGCUCAGGAAACGGACGAGUCGAACAAAGAAGUGGCGUCAUGACUUUUUCUCAUGUUCUGCUCCUGCUCUUCUCCUGAUGGUGGGACGAGCCUCACUUCGAUCCCACCCUUUUGACCUCCUGAUCGGCCUGCGGUGAGUCCGUGUGGGCUGCGGAGCUUCGUCCUCGCCGUGCGUCCUGGUCUGGAAGGCAUUUAGGUUCAGAACCUGGAAAUCUGGAAAAGUUUUUUUUUUCUUUUUUUUCUUAGGACUCGUUCAUUCAAAUCAUCACAUGUAUUUUCAUUAUCAGACCUAUUAAUAUGAUCUUAUCUGUAUGGAUGAUUUAUUUAUUUUUUAGACUAGAUUGAGGUCAAAUUUCAGAUUGAAUAUCAUGGUGGAGUUGGGGAUGUUCAGAGGGACUCAGGACUCCACACACAAGCACAAACUCCACCGUGUUCGACACAGCAUCUGUUUUCAGCCGCUUUCUGUCUGACAUCUUGUAGCUGUGUGUUUUAUCUCGACCACCUCCUCUACACCUCCUUCAUCGGAUCCCCAGUUCCAACUUACCGGUGAUGCGUAAAGCUGAAUGUUUUCCACUUGAAUCUUUCCAGAUGACCAGAGAUGCGUCACUGUGUCCAUCGCUGUCUGUCAUUCGUCUUUGCAUUGCACUUUACUGUGCAGGAUGCUGCCUGUUUGUACAGAUCACUGACUUUGAUCCAUUUUACUCUUUCUUACUUAAAUCCAAUUAAACUAAAUUCUAUUCAAUUCGAUUCAAUUCAAUUA